CGUAAAUAAACCCGGUAGUGAUUGCUCAACACCAAGGACACUUCACAGAGCGGCGUUCUCUCAUCGAUUUAGGGGUAGGCACACAUCGCUGACUGGCACCGAUGAAACAAAAGAAGGUCAAAGAACUAGCGGUUCAGCAUCCGUCCGAAUGCGUAAGACACAGAGAUCCGCCCCUGGAUUUCGCAUUGUCCGAAGACUCCAACCCCAUCCUUUGUUGGUCAAUAAAACCACACACUUAUAAGCCAACCUAACAGCUGGGUGCCACAUAGCAAGAGUAAAAUUGAAAGUCAAACUAUACUAUUACCAUUCCAUCAUUGUCGGCCCUGAGAGCAGCGCACAACCCUCACCAUGAGUAAUCCACUAACCUUCACCCAGCUUAAGAGGAAACUCACCUACAAGUUCGACUGGUUCCGGGAGAACGGCGAGGAGCCGGAUGCAGGGAAGCUCCAGGCCGUCGUGGACUGGCCUACCUACUACAGAAAGCCCGCCAAGCGAGGGGUGCCCCCGGAACUGAAGGCUCGGAAGCGCAGGCCAAAGAAGUACACCUACACCGAAGGCGCAAACCCUCUGGGCGUCGGAUUCUGGUACAACAGACUCGCUGCUCGACAAGCCCGCAUUCGGCUGCGACAGCACCUCGCAUUGUACCACCUUCGUCUGGAACAAACGCUCGGAUGGGGCGGGAAUGGCCUCGCUUGCCUGUUCUAUCUCGAUAACCGGAACGGCGGUCCCCGGGAGUACUUUGUUGCCAAGUGUUCCAUAAACCCGCAACGUGCAUGGGUUGUACGGGCAGAGAAGCAGGCGCAAGCGGUGUAUCGAGGCUGCUUGCAUGUGGUCCAGCUCAAGAACUUUCAGCCGCCGGUCACUGCUAGUUCUAGUAACACCCAACCGCGUCAACCAAGACAUGAAGGCGGUGGAGGCAGUGGAGGCGGCCAAGCUGACCAAGAUCCUUUCGGCGAUAUCCUCUUCCUCGAGUACCUACGGCGUGGCAGCCUACACAAGAUUCUACGCAAGAUCAGUGAACAUCGGCACCCGAUACCCAACCGGGUGUUGUGGCUGCUAUUUCAGUGCUUGAUCCAAGCUUGUAUCGCCUUGGAGCAUCCGCCUGACUUGGACUGGGAACUAGCUGGACAGCGAGAUGCGUCGGGGAUGAUAAAUGGGCAACCCGUCAGCGAACGCAUCACGAAAGGCCGGGCAGCAGAGAGCACCUGGGAUAACCGCCGUGUCGGCUUGUACAUCAACGAGGGCGCGUCGCCCAGCGGCACCGGGCUAGUCCACUGGGACAUUGACCCCCAGAACGUCCUUGUCGGCGACCUCAAUACCGGACCCCAAGCGGACCACCACGACCUGGUUCCUGUUUUGAAGCUGAGCGACUUCGGCUCUGCCUAUACGAUGAUCCCGCAGGCUUUUGUCAACGCCUCCUCGAUGUGGCAGUUUCGGGAUAGAUCAAAGACCUUCUACACAACACCGGUAAGCACACUUCUUUGUCCAGAGGGGCUCGGACUUUUGUUACAACUCCUCACCACGCAGGAACAAUUCACCGAGGAGUGGAACUGGGUCGACACGUUCCCGAGGGCUGCGCGCUUUGACGGGGUGCGUAAGACGGCGGGCAAGUAUAGCUACAAGACCAACCUCUACCAGAUGGCCCUGGUCAUGUCGUCGUUCAUUACGCUCUGCUUCCCGCCGGUUCCACCCACCCCCGGCAAAGUCAAGGUCAACGUCACGACCCUCAACCUCUCGAGAAACGCCGGCCAGCAGCAGAAUAACGCAGGCCAACAACAGCAACCCGAACCUGGCACGGCCCGACGAAAAGAGGCUGAAGUCAUGUCCUACGGCGCCUACCUCCUCGAAGCGAAGUACAAGCGGGUCGACAAGCGGCUGCGGCACCUGGUGGCGCGCUGCCUGUGCGACAGCCCCGCGGACCGGCCGCGGCUGUCCGACCUCAAGAUCAUGAUUGCCAGCGUGCUGCGGAACACGCCGUGGGGCGAGGAGGACAGCGACGCGGCGGUGCAGCAGUGGGUGCAGGAUAAUAUCGGGGAGCCGCCUGCUGGGCCGCCGGAUCCGCCGCGUUGGGUUGAUACGGCGUUGCGUGAUGAUCUCUUUGGGGAUGGGGAGGAGGAGUAGUAGUAGUUAGAUUCUGGACACGGUUAGAAGGGUUGACACGCGCAUAUACGGUAGGUGUAUAAAGUCUGGUUGGCUGGGCAGACGUGGCAUAGUGAGUGGCUGUGAACCAUCGCGGUUUGGGCGUGUUGGUAGGUCGUGUUGGACAGCAUGAAUCAAUGAUGCUAGCGGAUUGGUCUGUAACGUACUGUAGUACUCUGUAGCUCCAGCAAACGCCGACCAGUUGUCGCG